GCCUUCACCCUUCUGUAUUUCCCUCAUGCUCUGUUUUUGUGUUCAUUCAAUAUUUCAUUUCGUUUUCAUGGUUCAUUUGUAGAUCGGAAACCCCCUGACUUUACCUUUCUACACUAUUAUUUCCGUCAGUCAGUUUUCUUUACAGAAAUGACAACUGCCGCAAGACCAACUUUUGAUCCUGCCAGAGGUGGACAAGGUCGAGGUGAAAAGGACCUCAGUGCCAUAUCAAAACAAUAUUCUAGUCGAGAUUUACCGAGUCACACCAAACUCAAAUUCAGGGAACAGGGCCAAGGAACCAAUGCAGAAUUGAAAGCUCGCGAUUUUCGGAAGGAAUUAGAGGAAAAAGAAAAAGACAAAGAUGCCAAAGGUCUGAAGAGGAUUGUGGACGCCUCAUCAAGUAAUAGCAAACGACCAAGAGUUGAACAGCUGCCUGCAUCAAGCCUUGACGUUGAUGAUCCAAUUGAUGAUGAUGAUUCAGAUGACCCAGACAGUGAGGAUGACACUGCAGUGCUUCUUGCAGAACUCUCCAGAAUAAAAAAAGAACGAUCUAUAGAGCAAGCCAAGAAGGCAGCAGAAAAAGCACAAGAAGAAGAAAAUAUUCGCAUGGAGAAUAUCUUAAGUGGAAAUCCAUUAUUGAAUUAUUCCGCCCAAGCGCAGAAAGUGGACUUGAAGGUAAAAAGACGUUGGGAUGAUGAUGUCGUAUUUAAAAACUGUGCUCGAUCAGAACCUGAAAAAAAAACGAAUCAUUUUAUCAAUGACUCCCUACGUUCUGAGUUUCAUAGGAAGUUCAUGGAAAAAUAUGUGAAAUAGAAAUUAAAUUGUUUACUUCUGUUACAGCAUGUACAUAUUCAUUUUGUACACUCUAAUAUUACCUAUUAUUUUUGGAGAGCUUGGAAACUUGACAGGCGGACUUUCUGUACAGAACUUAAUUAUUUUCAGAAAUUAUACCAUUGAGAGAGCUCGCAAUGGAGAAAAGUACAUGGAUUGAUUCAUGCCUCAAAAGGUCCAACUCGUUUGCCCCAGAGACACUUUUUUAAUAAAAUUAUGUCAUUUUUCCACCAUAUUACUUUCCUUCAAUGGACCACUAGACAAGCUACGAAUUCCAGCGUUCUGAUAAAUGUAUCUUAACCAAAAUUUCACGUAAAACAUUGCACGUACAACGAAAA